UUAGUCUUGUUUCCUAUUGUUAUGUCUGUUCCUGGGGUGAUUGACCCUGGCCAUCGUGCCAUGGUAUAAGUACAAUGCACCGCAGCUCGCGUUCCCCGUGUGAAGCUCACACAUCCAAUCGUCCCUUUACCCCCAAUUCCUCACGAUGAAGUUCCCAACCAUCCCCCUCCUGAUCACGGCCCUCGCCAGCAUUGCCGCCGCAGAUGUCGCCGCCGCAGACAAUACAGUCUACGGAAUCAUGUUCUCCCCGCCCCAACAGAACACCGCCCGCACCCCAUCCGCCAGGGCAAUCACCCACGCCUCCUCUCACAUCAAAGGACGACAAGUCUUCUCCCUAGGCGCGCGACAAACCUGCGGCCACGGCUCAACAUGCAAAGAAAUCUGCGAGGGGUGCGGAACCACCUCCUGCGGCGUCCAGGACACAGACGGGUCGUGCAUCUGUGCCAACGAGGCGGGGUCCUGCGCGUGGCCUGGGGACGGUUCUGAGAGUGGCAGCGGCGGGUCGGGUAGCGGUGACGACGACCCUAAAGGCGCUUAUAGCGUUAGUCCGUAUUGUGGGUGGGGUGCGACGUGUCUUGAGUCUUGUGAUGCUUGUGGAACGGAUUAUUGUGGUGUUAGGCUCAUGGCGGUGGGGAAUGCAUGUGUCUGCCGGAGUUUGGAUGGGGAAUGCCCUUCUGGUUCUGCUGGGGACCACCGCGUCGGUUUGGGGAGGGGGAAUGGGACGAGCUCUGAUAGUACCUACCAGUCAUCGACAACAGGUACCGGCACCGAUUUGCCGAAGUCGACGGGCGAUGUGAGCAGCGAGACGACGACUAGCGGUGCCGCAUCGACUACUCAGGAUUCAACACCGACUCAGACCUCUGACGUUAACCUGCCGGGCGCUGCACCGGGAAGGAUGGAGGUUGCUGUUGGGGCGGCUGUGGUGGGGGUUGCGGCGUUGGUGAUGGCGCUGUAGGGAGACGGAUAUAACGGGCAUUGGGUUG